UACUACAUACCAAAGAGUUCAAAAGCGCCGGCGCCGCCAUAUUGUUUGUGCACGCCGCUUCGAUCGAUACACCGCUACUACUGUUCAAUUCGAGGAAUCGAGGCAAUUUUCAAUUCGGACGAAAUCUUCUGCAGCUGAAAUGAGUUACGGAAGGCCUCCGCCCAGUAUUGAGGGAAUGGUGUCCCUGAAGGUGGACAACUUGACGUACAGGACCACCCCCGAAGAUUUGCGUCGCGUGUUUGAAAAGUACGGCGAAGUUGGAGAUAUUUACAUCCCGCGCGAUAGAUUCUCCAGGGAAAGCCGGGGAUUCGCUUUCGUCCGAUUCUAUGACAAGCGUGACGCUGAAGACGCACUUGACGCCAUGGAUGGCAGGAUUCUUGACGGAAGGGAGUUGCGCGUGCAGAUGGCCCGUUACGGGCGACCUUCUUCACCGUACCGAAGGCAUGGCAGAUCCAGGCGAGGAGGACGCAGCCGUUCCAGAUCGCGUUCCCGUUCUCGGAGGAGCCGCAGCAGAAGCCGUAGCCGUCGCAGGUCUUACAGUCGCUCCAGGUCUAGGUCUGAUAGCAAGAGUUCUCGCGGGAAGAGUCCUAGGAAGGGCAGCCGCUCUCCAGAACGAGAAAAGAGUGGCAGCCGCGACCGCAGCCGUUCUCGUUCAAAGUCUCACUAAUUAUGAGGAGACUCGCAAGUGGACUUCUGUGUGAACACGCCGUCUGAAGCUGAAGAACUAACUCAUGUCAGCGCAGGGGGAAGGGGUAGGAAAGAGUAAGCGGUAGGAGGUGCUGUAGGUGCUCCCUGCCAGGUACUUAGCCUUUCCACCACUCAACACAAUCAUUCCCCUGGGAGUCCACUUUGCGAAAGAAACGCAACGGUGUAAAAUGAACAGCUAUACUAUCCAGAUUAAUUGUGUAAAACACUCGAUCAGAGUGACUUUUCUAUGGUCAACUAUGUGCACAACGCACAAGCUAUCUUGCGAGGUGACCUUGUCCAGUUCUAAAUGGGAUGGAAAUGAAAAUCUGUUUUUAAUUGUCUUGUAAUAAGAGUACAAUAGCAUAAUCAUCGGCUAAAGCUGAGAGCCGCAAAUCUAUUUUAGUCUGUCAACAAUCCAUUGGUUUCCUUUUCAGUCUCACUAGAAAUAAUGAAAAUCAUUGUACAUUAUAUAUAUGGAUAUUCGAUGAAGUGCUAACCCUCGUUUUUUAACUGCAGGCGCGGGUGAUGUAUCAGAGAAAGCAGUGUUGCUGUUGUGCAGCUGUUGCUGUGCGGGGGUUUGGAGACUCGAGUUGCAGUCGUGGCUGAUUAUCCUUACCCUUUCACCUUGCACCCAUGAUCCCAUCCGUUCUGCCCUGUGAAAUGUUGCGACCAAACGGGGCUUAAAUCCUAAAGCAACCUUUGAUUUGCGCCCUGCUCUGCGUGGGCCCAAAUCAAAUGCGAAAUUAUUCACAAACAAACACAUAAUUUUAUCUGUUAAGGACAAAAGUUCUCCACACCCUAAAAGGGGGGCGUUAAACCGAUUAUUUUUCUGCGCAUGGUUUAUUAUUUUUGGUUAAUAGCAGGUCAUUUAGUCUUAAGUGGUAAGUAAGCCAUCAAGAGUAUUAUUUUUCCGUACCCUGGAGAGGAAACAAGAGAGAAAACGCUAUUACUAUGAGCCAGAUGCAGCGAGUUCUCCAAGUUGUAUUAAUUGCGGUUUAAUAAAACUGACAGAUUCAUCAUGA